CCACCAGGUGGUGGAAAUGAACGAGUUCUCCUAGUCGGAAUAUGGACAUGCCCCAUGACGUGAUUGCAGGAUUGUGUUGUGGCUUCACGGGAUCCGGAAGUAGCUAUAGAAGUGAGAUAUAAGAAGUGAUUUUGACAGCGGUGUGCUCAGGUGAGGACAAGAAGAAAGCAUGGCGCCAAAAAGAAAGGCAGCAUCUACCUCCAAAACAGGUGGAAAGAAGAUAAAAGAGGAGCCUAAAGCUCCAGUAAAAGACAAGUUCACCUCUGCUAAAGAAGCUCUGAAGGCCACAGGACCACAGGUUAAGGCCAGCCGGAAACCAGACUGCUUAUGUCCCCUCUCAGAUGCUGAGGUUCAUGAAGACUAUGAUUGUAUGUUGAACCAGACCAACAUUGGCAAUAAUAAUAACAAAUUUUAUGUAAUCCAAGUCUUAUUAUCAGGAGGAGAGUACUAUUGCUGGACAAGAUGGGGCAGAGUAGGAGAAGCAGGCCAGAACAACUUAGCUGGACCUUCAACUGUUGAUGCUGCCAUCAAGAACUUUGAAAAGAAAUUCAAAGACAAAACAAAGAACAACUGGAGCGAUCGGGAUAACUUUGUCUCUCAUGCGGGAAAAUACACUCUGAUUGAGGUGGAAGGAGACCAGGAGGCUGAAGUGAAGGUUGAUGCUGUAAGCAGCAGACCAGUGGCAGCAAAAAACAUUCUGUCUUGCACACUGGACAAUGCAACUCAAAGACUCAUCAAGCUCAUCUUUGACAAUGACAUGUUCAAGGAAGCCAUGGAGGGAAUGAACCUGGACAUUAAGAAAAUGCCACUGGGGAAGCUGAGCAAGCCACAGAUUGCUAAAGGCUUCGAGGCAUUAGAAGAGAUUGAGGAGGCAAUAAAAAGGAAAAGUAAUGAAAGCAAGUUAGCAGAGCUUACUUCAAAGUUUUUCACCAUUAUUCCACAUAAUUUUGGCCGCAACAGACCCCCUGUCAUCAGAGAUGAUGUCAUUCUUCAAAACAAGAAGGAGAUGCUUCUGGUCUUGGCAGAUAUAGAGAUAGCCCAAAGCCUUAAAGCUGAGUCAGAAAAGGCGAAGCAGGAGAUGGUGGAGACGGUUCCUAAUCCAAUAGACCAGAACUACCAGUCUCUAAAAUGCAACCUCAUACUCUUGGAUAAAAAAUCUAAUGAAUUUAAGAUUAUUGAGAAGUACUUAAAUGCCACUGGUGAAAGACUCAAAAUAGUAGAUGUCUGGCAAGUGGACAGAGAUAAAGAGGCGGAGCGCUUCAGGGACAAUGAUGCUUUGGAAAACCGGAAACUGCUGUGGCAUGGUACUAAUGUGGCCGUGGUGGCAGCCAUUUUGAAAAGUGGUCUACGCAUCAUGCCACACUCUGGUGGUCGGGUGGGCAGGGGAAUUUACUUUGCCUCAGAAAAUUCUAAAUCUGCUGGUUAUGUCCGAACAUCAAAAAAUACCGGCAUUAUGUUUCUGAAUGAAGUUGCACUGGGUAAGGAAUACACCAUCACAAGAGAUGACCCAAGCUUAAGGAAGGCUCCUAAUGGCUAUGACAGUGUGGUAGCACGUGGGACACAAGAACCAGAUCCCUCAAAAGACAUCUUCCUUAAGCUGGAUGGAAAGGAUGUUGCUGUGCCACAAGGCAAAGCCAUACCUCAACCUCAGUACAAAGACAGCAGCUUCUACAGCAGUGAGUACCUUAUUUACAGGGAGAAUCAGUGUCGCAUCCGCUACCUGCUGGAGCUCUGCUUCUAACUUCUGCUACAAGGGGAUUGGCAAAAGAUACCAAAAACACAACACUCUGCUAAAAACACAAGUUUAUAAACUACACAGAUUUGAUUUUGUGUGUUUUAUUUCAUAGUCAACCAAAGUUUAUCAAGAGUCUGAUUUGCUGAGAUGUUCAGCAUAAGUUCAUUUGACUCAAUAAGGCCCUCAGUAAAUUCUUUUUUUUUUUUCAUUUCCAGAAGCGUUUUCAAAUAACAAACACAUUUUUUACAUUUGAAAGACAUUUUGCUAAGUCUGGUUGUUUUUCUGCCUUUGUUCAAGGCGAAUUUGGAUUACCUUCCUUUUAUUCUAGAAUCUGUUUGAAUGGUUUUCUGUAUAGCCAUUACAGCUGAAUAGUGCACUUUCUAAAAAUAUUCCAUGUUAAAUUUCUCUGGAAUUUCCAUUUAUUCUGUUCGACUUUUCUGUAUCGGUUUUCUAUCCUGAAUUUCUUUCCAUCUUCUUUGAAGUUUUAGGUUAUAUACACAAUCAUUUUACUGGUGUGUGUGUGGGGGGGGGUUUGUUUUUUUUUAAAUUCAUGCAUCCAUUCAUGCUAGUAGAAUUAUGUGCAGAAAGAAAGGGCCUUUAUUCUUCUUGGAAUAAAUAUUAGGACUGUUAUAAUAAAAGCAAAAAUAAAUAAAUACAUAAAUAAAUGGAAGGAAAUGCUAAUACAUUUAAAGCAUUUAUUUUUAAACCUAACUUUUAAGGAGCUACUCAGUGCAAUGUAGAAAAUCUUUAUAAACUGAUGAACGAUAAGAUAAAAUUAAUUCUAAGAAAAAACAACAUAGUAUCUGAUCACACUGACUUUUCUGAAUGAGUCUCAGUCCUUCCAAAUGUAUCAGACCCCAAUACUCCUUUAAAAACUUUGCCCAGGAGUCCACUGUCUUAUUUGUUCUUUAAAAUGUUAUGAGUUUGUAUUUGGCCAUUUUUAUAUAUAUAUAUAUAUAUAUAAUACAUGAUAUAUUAAUAACAAACAUAAUUGACUACAAUGUUUUUGUUUUUGAAAGUGUGCUUUAAGCUGAAGUUUAUUAUGCAGCCUGCAUUAUUGCACUAUAGACUUAACAUGAAUAAUGUUAUCUCUAAUGCUUGCUUGAUAUCCAAGAUAUUGCCUAGUUUAAAUGCACUUUGUUAUAAUAACUGAUUUUGAAGAAAUGUUAAGCUCUCAAGAGUGCCUUGAAUAAAUGUCUUGCUGUGUGGUAACUCAACAGGUGGAAAAUAAAUAAUUGUGCUUAAAUCUAGACUUGUGUUU